AUUAGUCACCAGAAAGUUCAGUUGGCCUGCUGAAGAAUUAGGUUAAACGGCAUUAAUAUUCACUUGCAUUUUUGCCUUGUUGAUCAUGACAUCCACCUUAGAAGAAAGCGAUAAAGAAAAGGUGCGCUCCGUCUCUGUCGAUCUGAAUAAUGAUACUUCCCUAAUAAUUGACAUUCCUGAUGCCCUUUGUGAGCGGGACAAAGUCAAGUUCACUGUCCACACCAAGACCACGCUCAACACUUUCCAAAAGCCGGAAUUUUCUGUGCCACGGCAACACGAGGAUUUCAACUGGCUCCACGAUACACUCGUGGAGACGGAAGACUAUGCUGGUCUCAUUAUCCCUCCUGCCCCUCCGAAGCCUGACUUUGAGAGCCCCAGGGAGAAAAUGCACAAGCUUGGAGAAGGGGAGGCCACCAUGACCAGGGAGGAAUACACUAAGAUGAAGCAAGAACUAGAGGCGGAGUACCUGGCAGUGUUUAAGAAGACUGUUCAAGUCCAUGAAAUUUUCCUGCAACGGCUCUCCUCCCACCCCGUGCUCAGCAAGGACAGAAACUUUCAGAUUUUCUUGGAGUAUGAUCAGGACCUCAGUGUGAGGAGAAAGAAUGCCAAGGAAAUGUUUGGAGGCUUCUUCAAGAACAUGGUGAAGACUGCAGAUGAGGUCAUCAUCUCUGGGAUUAAGGAAGUUGAUGAUUUCUUUGAACAAGAAAAGACCUUCCUCCUGGAUUAUUUCAGUAAGAUUAAAGACUCCACCGCCAAGGCUGAGAAAAUGACUUAUUCUCACAAAAAUGUGUCAGAUGACUACAUCCACAUCUCUGCCACGCUCAACAGCAUUGCUGCCGAUGAUAGCACAGACCUGAAAAAGCAUUUGGAAAAGUUUGCUGACUUACUGGAGAAACUGAGGAAAGUGGAGGCCCGAGUGGCAUCCGAUCAGGAGCUGAAGCUCACAGAACUGUUAAGAUACUAUAUGAGGGAUAUUCAAGCUGCUAAGGACCUUUUGUACAGACGUGCACGGGCUCUGGCCAACUAUGAGAAUGCCAACAAGGCCUUGGACAAGGCCCGACUGAAGAGCAAAGAUGUAGCGCAAGCUGAGGAGCAUCAGAAACAAUGCCUGCAGAAAUUUGAUAAGCUGUCUGAGUCUGGCAAGAAAGAGCUCACCAGCUUUAAAGGGAGGCGUGUGGUGGCUUUUCGCAAAAACCUGAUAGAGAUGGCUGAACUGGAGAUAAAGCAUGCCAAGAACAAUAUGUCCCUCCUCCAGGGAUGCAUUGAGCUUAUCAACACCAAUUGACCACAAGUCUGUGGUCAUAUGACCAGCCUGGACACAUUUCUGUGUCCCAUGACCAGCCCAUUGACGAAGGGAACCUGAGUGAUCUGUUCCUUGCCUCUGGCCCUACGGGUUAGUGACCACUCUACAACCUACACUGGAGUGGCUGUUUGCAAACUGACUCCACUUUGUUUACAGGGUCCCCUGUCUCUCCCUUUACCCUACUCCAGACUCAGCUGGAGUGACUGGUCGUGUGUGACCUGACCAGAGGCUGCUUACAGGGGGCUUACAGCAUUCUGACACUCUUCCACAUUUUUCUGAUUCUUUUUCUAGUUACUAUGGA